ACUACAACGCGGAAGGAUUUGUAGAUGCAAAAAUGACAAAAGAAGUCGAGUUUCUUCAAGAUCAAGUGAAUCGUCUAAACUCUGUCCUGGAUCAGUAUCAGGAUGAAGUUCCUCCUCCUUCCUCACUAUCACAGACUGGUGAUCUGGUCAUGGAAUCUGCAGUUCCCUGGCGCUCAGACAGAGGUCUAAUGGCUCCUCUAAUUGAAGAAUAUGACAGACACAUACAACAAAUGGAGAUGCAGCUCAAGUUCUAUCAGAGGCAGAUGACAGACGUCAAGGCCAGCCUGGAGCAGGUGGUUAAGGAAAAUGAGCGGCUUCAUGCAGAGCAGAAAAUGUCCAUUGAAAAGCAGUUGCAGUCUCUGUCCGCUGGAACAGGAGGAGAUGUGACAGUGGACGCAGUCACCAUUAGCAAUCUAGAGGAGCAGGUCAAGUGUGCCAUUGAGGAGAAAGAACGUGCUCUUCAAAUGUGGCAGACAGCUUCGCAAGAGUUGGAUCGACUUCAGACCCAGCACCAGAGCUCCAUGAGUGAUGGACAAAUACACGCAGUUGAACGGCAGCACAUGCAGACCAAUCAGCAGUUCCUGAAAACGGUGGCGGAACAGAGCAGUGAGCUGGAGGAGUUACGCAGCCAACUCAGGCAUGCAAAGCUCAAGCAGAGAUCUUCUGUGACUAAAGUGGAGGAGAUGACCAGACUCCUGCAGAAUGUCCAGAAUCAGAUGCAGAGGAGGGAAGAGGAUGCAGCAGAAGCAUCUGAUCAGAGACUACAACAGCUACAAUCAGAACUGAAGCUGCUAGAGGCCAGACUUCAAGCUGCAAUGCAGGAGUCUGAGUCAGUGCACAGGAAGCAGACGGAUAGUGAGCGGCAAGCGGGAGACCUGCAGGGUCGCUGCGCCUCUCUGGAAGAGGAAAAAUUUGAAGCCCUCAGUCGCCUCCGUAACUCCAUCCAGCUGGCUGAGGAGGCCUCGCUUCAGAGAGAGCAGGCUCAGCUGAGGGAGAAACAGAGAGCAGAAGAGCUGGAGAAGAUGAAAGAUGCCAUGAAGCAGCUGAUCCAGGAUGCUGCCAUGCUCACCAGGAAAGAGGUUGAUAGUGUCCGUAAGCAGUGUAACGUUCAGAUUCAUCGAAUGGCUGAGGAGCUCUCUGCCUUGCAACUGGAAUGUGCUGAUAAAGAAACACAGAUUGAAAGAGCCAACCGGGAAAGAAAAGCUGUGGAAGAGGAGCUGGAAAAGGUCUAUAAAGAGGGCCGAGUUGGAGAGCCUGAGAUGAGGAAGAUGCAAGCUCUACAUCAGAGAUGUAUAAAUGCUGAGCGACUGAAGGACGAAACACAACUCACACUCAACAGCACAAAAAACAAGAUGAAGAAGAUGGAGUUGGAGUAUUCGGAGGAGCUGUCACUGUCACGCUGUCAGGAGGAGGUGCGGAGGCUGCAGUCCGGGCUGACGAGUGCAAGAGAGGAGAGCACAGCUGUCAGUGAAGAGAGACUCCUGCUGCAGCAGGAGAACCAGCAGCUGCACAGAGACAUGGAAGCACUGCGCAAAGAGUGUGCGCUCGCUCAGAGACGGGCCAAACAUCAGGUGUCUUCCAUGCAGCAGGAGCUGUGUGUGAAGGAGCAGGGUUUGGAGUCCAGGCUGAGAGAGAUGGAGGAGAGCAGUAAAAACUCCAGCGCUGGUAUGACCAGACUGCUGCUCGCUCAACAGAAAACCAUCAGCCGCUACAAAGACGAGGCCAAGAACCUCACACAGGCUUUCCAGCAGAAACUCGGCAGCCUCAGGUCAGAGCUGAACAGACAGAAACAGCGUGCUCAGGAACUUGAGAUUCAGAUGGAAACUGAUCAUCAGAAGAUAUUGGAGUAUGAGAGGCAGGUUUCAGAGCAGCAGGAGAAGAACAUGCGUCUACAGAGACGUCUUACUCAGGCAGAGCAACGUGCAGCCAGUGCAUCACAACAGCUGAGUGUGAUAUCACAACGGAGAAAAGCUGCAUCCAUGAUGGAUCUUGAGACUUUAUCGUAGAUGGAUAUCAUCAUCUUCAAAAAAGAAUCAGCCUGGUCAGUUUGCUGUUGGGAUUAACAAGUGUUUAGUCUCAAAAGAUUUCACUGGCAGGAUUACCCAUGUGUUCAUUGACUAUUAAUUUAAUAAAAAUAUUUAAA